GAACUGCAGAUGAAAGAUCUUAUCGCAGAGCUCCGCUAUGGGAUCUUUGCUGCAAAGCUGUGUGUGGGCGGUGGUUUUUGAGCCGGGGCCGAACCAGGGUCUUGGCCACUUAACCGUGUCUCCGCCCCCCGGACUCGGGCCGCCGUCCAGUGGCCAAAUUUAGUGACAGUUUUCGCGCUGAUCCGCCCACCCUGCCUCUAUAAAGUGGCCGGUGGCGGCGGGCUGGAGAAUCUGGCUGCACCUUGUCUUGCAGAAUGAAGACGGAGAUCCCAGCCAGGAGCGCGGUGCCUUUCCCCCCGAUCCGCAGCCCAGGCAAACAGCAGGAGCCCAGGCGGGCACCGAAGAAGAAAGUGCAGCCGCCGCAGCCGCCCACCCCCCAGCCGGCGGCGGCGCCGAGCUUUUCCCACUCAUGGCCCAAGGCAGCUUUCCAGCUGGGCGGUGUGCGGCGGCCGCAACAGCAGGAGCAGCAGCAACAGCAGCAGCGCUUGUUGCCCCCCAGGACAGCGGGCGGUUCGUGUGCCAGCUCUCCGCCCUCCACCGCCGGGAAGAGCAGCAGCCCAGCUGGCGCCGGAGCGGGCGAGGCUGAGCAGCAACGCUUCUCUCUCAGCCUGACCCCCGAGGCCGUGCUGGUCAUCCAGAAGCGCAACCUGGAGCGGCGGCUGCAGCAACAGCAGCAGCAUCGGCUCACAGCCCGGCCCAGGGGGAAAGCACCGCCUUGCUGUCCGGCCGAGCCACCCCCGGCCGACGUGGGCAGCUUGCUGAAGAUCUCGCUGCUCAACGAGCAGCACAAGUACGACGACGUGGAGUACGAGGAGGACGGCGGGCCGCCCGACCGCUCGGUGCUACACAAGUGCCUGGAGUGGCUGCAGGGAGUGGAGAACGCCCGUGGGCCGACGACCAGGCAGCCUGGGCUACCCCAGCUUGCCAGCUAACUGCUGCUGCAAGACCACCUUGUCUUCAACCACAUGUACUUCCAACCACCACUGAAGGAAGGAACUGCAGAUGCUGGUUUCUGCCGGUUAAGAUAGACACAAAAUGCUGGAGUAACUCAGCGGGUCAGACAGCAUCUCUGGAGAGAAGGAAUGGGCUGAAGAUCUGGAAACAUCAUUCAUUACUUCUCUCCAGAGAUGUUGCCUGUCCCGCUGAGUUACUCCAGCAUUUUGUGUCUACCACUGUUCUGCAAACUAAACACCUGGGAUACCGUCUCGAGAGAAAUUGUUGCAUGAAUGUUUCAAAAAAAAAAGAGCUACAUGAACAGCAAGAUAACCAAUUGUUGGAGGAAGGGUCUCGACCCGAAAGCUUGCCCAUUCCUUCUCUCCAGAAAUACUGCUUGUCCCGCUGAGUCGCUCCAGCGUUUUGUGUCUAUUUUCGGUUUAAACGUUUAAUGUAAUGUUUUCUGCGACAUCUAAACACGCAAGUACUGCCUGAUCGAUCCCUGAUUCACAAAAUCUGAAGCCACCGUGCAUGUUAACAUGGCCGGGGGGUUGGAACCGUAAUUUGGACACAAGAUGUUUAAAUGAAUUACACCGUGUUUCUAAUACCAACCCAAUUUCUAGAUGAGCCACUCUUUUCAGGAACUGGAAUGGGCGUGCACUGGAGAGAAAAAUCGAAAAGUGGACAAUGAGUAAACGUUUAUUUUUGUAGCUACUAGUUGCUGGCAACAUGUAUAACUGCUCAAAUUGUACAGUAAUUUUUCAUUUACAUGGAACAUUUUAGUUAGCCAGUGUACCAUUUAUUGCAUACGUUUUUUAAUAAAAGUAAUUCCUUUGUA